UCCCCUUCCAAGGCCGAGGCGCCGCUGCGCGUUCUCCAGGCGUGGUGGUGGGGUCGUGGGCCCCAGCCCAGUGCUCCAGGAUACCGGCCGCACCGCCGCGGCCGCCAUCUUGCCCGCGUCCGGGCUCCUGCGGCGGGAGGGGCGGUGUCCCGGCCGGAAGCGGCUGUGCGGCGGCCGCGCUGCCACCUCAGGUCAGUGAGUGCGACCCGGCCCGGGUCUCGGCUCUCGGGAGCGCCGCGGCCGCAGCGAGGGGCCCGAGAUAGCCUAGUUGAAAGGCCCGGGCGUCUCGGCGGGGAGCGCGUUCCGCGCUGUGGGGUAAUCGCGCCGGGCGGGCGGCCGGCCGGGCCUCAGCGGGAGCCACCGGGGGCUGCGGGUGGCAGUGGGACCUGCGGAGACCUCCUCGGGGCUCAGGGAACACGCUGCAGCCUUCGCCGCGGCAGGCUUGUGGGGAGCGGCGUCCCAGCCUUUCCUGGGAGGCUCAGCCAGGUGCCUGGAGCGGGAGAGUCGGACUCAAGAUUUCUUCUUUACCUGGAAUAGCAACGUGCCCUGUUCCCGUCGUACCCUCUUAAAUACUAUACUUCUUAAACGGCCUAUCUCCCGUGCUGUUACAAAUAUUCUGGUGAAUGAACACAGAAUCAGCAUGGCUUUCCUUUGCUGAGAAAUCACUGAUGGGAAGUGAGACUUGUUAAACUUGAAAGUGAAUGGAUCUGAGUGGACCCUUUGAUCACAUCAGUAAACAUGAGCGGUACCAAACCUGAUAUUUUAUGGGCACCACACCAGGUUGAUAGAUUUGUUGUGUGUGACUCAGAACUAAGUCUUUAUCAUGUGGAAUCUACUGUGAAUUCAGAACUCAAAGCUGGAUCUUUACGUUUAUCUGAAGACUCUGCAGCUACGUUACUGUCAAUAAAUUCAGAUACACCCUAUAUGAAAUGUGUUGCCUGGUAUCUCAAUUAUGAUCCUGAAUGUCUGCUGGCAGUUGGACAAGCAAAUGGUCGAGUUGUACUUACAAGCCUUGGUCAAGAUCAUAACUCAAAGUUCAAAGAUUUGAUAGGAAAAGAGUUUGUUCCAAAACAUGCACGACAAUGUAAUACCCUUGCCUGGAAUCCACUGGAUAGUAACUGGCUAGCUGCUGGUUUAGAUAAGCACAGAGCUGACUUUUCAGUGCUAAUAUGGGAUAUCUGCAGCAAAUAUACUCCUGAUAUAGUUCCCAUGGAAAAAGUGAAACUUUCAGCAGGUGAAACGGAAACAACAUUAUUAGUAACAAAACCACUUUAUGAGUUAGGACAGAAUGACGCUUGUCUUUCUCUUUGUUGGCUUCCACGAGACCAGAAACUUCUCCUUGCUGGUAUGCAUCGUAACCUAGCUAUAUUUGAUCUUCGGAAUACAAGCCAAAAGAUGUUCGUAAAUACAAAAGCUGUUCAGGGUGUGACAGUAGACCCAUAUUUCCACGAUCGUGUUGCUUCCUUUUAUGAAGGUCAGGUUGCAAUAUGGGAUCUUAGAAAAUUUGAGAAGCCAGUUUUGACAUUGACUGAGCAACCAAAACCCUUAACAAAAGUAGCAUGGUGUCCCACUAGGACUGGUCUACUUGCCACUUUAACAAGGGAUAGUAAUAUUAUUAGAUUGUAUGAUAUGCAGCAUACACCCACUCCCAUUGGGGAUGAAACUGAACCCACAAUAAUUGAAAGAAGUGUGCAACCUUGUGACAAUUACAUUGCUUCCUUUGCAUGGCAUCCAACAAGUCAAAAUCGAAUGAUAGUUGUAACUCCCAACCGAACAAUGUCUGACUUCACUGUUUUUGAAAGGAUAUCUCUUGCCUGGAGCCCAAUUACAUCUUUAAUGUGGGCUUGUGGUCGUCAUUUAUAUGAAUGUACGGAAGAAGAAAAUGAUAAUUCUUUAGAAAAAGAUAUAGCAACGAAGAUGCGUCUUCGGGCUUUAUCGAGGUAUGGACUUGAUACAGAGCAUGUGUGGAGGAACCACGUUUUAGCUGGAAAUGAAGAUCCACAGCUCAAGUCACUCUGGUAUACUCUGCACUUUAUGAAGCAAUACACAGAAGAUAUGGAUCAGAAAUCUCCAGGCAACAAAGUAUCAUUGGUUUAUGCAGGAAUUAAAUCAAUUGUAAAGUCAUCCUUGGGAAUGGUGGAAAGCAGCAGACAUAAUUGGAGUGGGUUGGAUAAGCAAAGUGAUAUUCAAAAUUUAAAUGAAGAGAGAAUCUUAGCUUUACAGCUUUGUGGGUGGAUAAAGAAAGGAACGGAUGUAGACGUGGGGCCAUUUUUGAACUCCCUUGUACAAGAAGGGGAAUGGGAGAGAGCUGCUGCUGUGGCAUUGUUCAACUUGGAUAUUCGCCGAGCAAUCCAAAUCCUGAAUGAAGGGGCAUCUUCCGAAAAAGGAGAUCUGAAUCUCAAUGUGGUAGCAAUGGCUUUAUCGGGUUAUACGGAUGAGAAGAACUCCCUUUGGAGAGAAAUGUGUAGCACACUGCGAUUACAACUAAACAACCCGUAUUUGUGUGUCAUGUUUGCAUUUCUGACAAGUGAAACAGGAUCUUAUGAUGGAGUUUUGUAUGAAAACAAAGUUGCAGUACGUGACAGAGUGGCAUUUGCUUGUAAAUUCCUUAGUGAUACUCAGUUAAAUAGAUACAUCGAAAAGUUGACCAAUGAAAUGAAAGAGGCUGGAAAUUUGGAAGGAAUUUUGCUUACAGGCCUUACUAAAGAUGGAGUGGACUUAAUGGAGAGUUAUGUUGAUAGAACUGGAGAUGUUCAAACAGCAAGUUACUGUAUGUUACAGGGUUCACCUUCAGAUGUUCUUAAAGAUGAAAGGGUUCAGUACUGGAUUGAGAAUUAUAGAAAUUUAUUAGAUGCCUGGAGGUUUUGGCAUAAACGAGCUGAAUUUGAUAUUCACAGGAGUAAGUUGGAUCCCAGUUCCAAGCCUUUAGCACAAGUUUUUGUGAGUUGCAAUUUCUGUGGCAAGUCAAUCUCCUACAGCUGUUCAGCUGUGCCUCAUCAGGGCAGAGGUUUUAGUCAGUAUGGUGUGAGUGGCUCACCAACGAAAUCUAAAGUCACAAGUUGUCCUGGCUGUCGAAAACCCCUUCCUCGAUGUGCGCUUUGUCUCAUUAAUAUGGGAACACCAGUUUCUAGCUGUCCUGGAGGAACCAAAUCAGAUGAAAAAGUGGACUUGAGCAAGGACAAAAAAUUAGCCCAAUUUAACAACUGGUUUACAUGGUGUCAUAAUUGCAGGCACGGUGGACAUGCUGGACAUAUGCUUAGUUGGUUCAGCUAAUUUAAACUCUGAGCACAUCCCUGUCACCUUCGCAACUAUAAAUGAAAUAUCUUGCCAUAUAUGUAGAAAGUAAAAGGUAUGUAUUUCUUAACUUCUUCCUAAAGUUCAGCUUGGCAGUAAUUUAUAAUUUGAUGCUUUUGAUGCUUUUUUUCUCUGGGUUUUAGUUUCUAUAUUUUUCCAAAUGCCAUUUUGAAAAGUUGCAUUAUAGAUAGAUAUAAGUAAACAGGUGGGCACAGUGGUGCACACCUGUAGUCCCAGCUACUCAACAGGCUGAGGCAGGAGGAUCACUUGAGCCCAGAAGUGUGAGUACAGCCUGGGCAAUAUAGCGAGACACUGUCUCUUAAAAAAAAAAAAAGACUUAAAUAAAUAAAUAUAUGUAUGUCUAAUUUGGAUUUUUAACUGUUAUUUGACCUAUUUUUUUAGGGACCAUGCAGAGUGCCCUGUGUCUGCAUGCACGUGUAAAUGUAUGCAGUUGGAUACAACAGGGAAUCUGGUACCUGCAGAGACUGUCCAGCCAUAAAAUGUUAUCACCUUAAGAGAAACCUUCAAGUGUGGAACUUUCUAAUAGGUGUCCUUCAUAGCUCAGAAACAUACCUCAGAACAAGUCAUUCAUGACUUACCUGUAAUGGGAAAAUAAAUCAUUCUAUCAGAUCAGCA